AUGGUCGGACUCGCAGUAGAACACAACAUCAAAGUCAACGAUGGCCCCUUGACCUCCGAAAACGCCGCUCUUCUCCGUCCCUCGGACCCCGACCUCCCCAUGGACGAACUCCGCCAUCGCUACGACCAAGACGGCUACCUCUUCCUCAAACACCUUCUCCCCCGCGAGGACGUCCUCGAAGCCCGCAGACAGUACUUCUCCCUCCUCGCCCCGACCGGCGUCCUCAAAGAAGGCUCCGACCCCGUCGAAGGCAUCUUCAACCCCGCCAAGUCGCCCGACGAGUACCCAGGCAUCGGCGCCGGCGCGGUAGGCAACAACGGCCGGCCGGGGGGCGACAAGGCGGCGCAGUUUGUGGAUCUGGCCAUCGAGGCGCACUACCAGGACUGGUAUGCGGAGACGUUCUGCCACCAUCCGGCGUUGGCCGGGUUCGUGGCCCGGUUCACGGGCUGGGGCGAGCAGACCUUGAAUUUCCGUCGCACGCUGCUGAGGAAUAACACUCCCCGCACGAAACCCAUCGGGGUGCACUAUGAUCAGAUCUUCUUGCGGCAUGGGGAGCCGACGAGCGUCACGGCUUGGGUGCCUAUGGGGGAUGUCAAGAUCAAUGGUGGGGGCCUGAUCUACCUCGAGGAUGGCGACCCUGUUGGACUCAAGAUCGAGGAAGAGUUCACCACCAAGGCGACGCAGGCGGGGUUGACCGACGAAGAGGCCAGGUCGGCUUUCAACGCGAAUAUGAUGGCCACGGGUCUUUUGUCCGAGUCGCCGGUGGAGUUUGCCAGGCAGCAUGGCCGUCGCUGGCUGGUGUCUGCCUAUGAGGCGGGUGAUGUCGUCUUGCACAAACCUCAUACGAUUCAUGCAUCGACUGUCAACCAUGACCCGGAUAAUGUCAUCCGUCUGGCGACGGAUCUGCGAUUCUGCGACUCUUCCAAGCCUUACGAUAAGUUCAGUUCCAUCUUCAGAUUCAGCGAAAUCUUACAGCUCCCCAUCGCAAUAUCCCCCCGUCCACCCAUGACCCUGAAGAGCGCACUGUACGACUCAGCCGAAUCCAUUCUUCAACGUCAGGCCAUAAGGAAUAUCAAAUACCGUGUUAUGACAAGCCAGAUUGGCAAUCUCGUCGCCGCCAUCGACCUCGCAGGAUGCCUCGACGUUGAGCUGGUUAACUUGGAUGGGUAUGCUGUUUGCCAGUUGGCCGAGGAGGGUGAGGAAGAGUAUGUUUCGGAUAUUCAUCGUGAUGUAUACUUGGUUAGUACAUUUGAAAUCUGA